CUGAGUGCUAAAGAGGGGGGGGGGCGGGGAUUAGGGAGAAGUGCGGUCCUCCUGCUGUGUUGAUUCAGAUCGGGGGAAAAAACGGGACUAACAGGGAGUCGUGUUCGUCGCUGCUCGCGUGGAUUAAUUUUUGUUUCGUAGGAGAAAAGUUUUUCCAGCGUGGGGAGAGAUUGUUUUUAAAAACCCGACUUCAACUCCACCGGCUCGAGGGGGACACGUUCGGCGAGCCUGGCUGCGACAACACUCGGGCCCCCCUCCCCUCUGCUGCUGCACAAAGUGACGGUUGAUAUGCCACAUCAGAUCUGUCCUGUCAAUGUACCCUCGCCCACCUGAACACACACAGUGAUGGAGCCCAUGACGGUAACAACGUCGAUGGUCGGGCCGGACGAGUUCGACCGCAACGCCCCGCGGAUCUGUGGCGUGUGCGGCGACAAGGCCACCGGCUUCCACUUCAAUGCCAUGACCUGCGAGGGCUGCAAGGGGUUCUUCAGGCGCAGCAUGAAGCGCAAGGCCUCCUUCACUUGUCCAUUCAACGGAAGCUGCAGCAUCACCAAGGACAACCGGCGCCACUGCCAGGCCUGUCGACUCAAGCGCUGCGUCGACAUCGGCAUGAUGAAAGAGUUCAUCCUGACAGAUGAGGAGGUUCAGAGGAAGAAAGAAAUGAUAUUGAAGAGGAAGGAGGAUGAGGCGGCCCGGGAGGCCAUGAGGCCGCGGCUGAACGAGGAGCAAGCUCGGAUGAUUUCCUCUCUGGUGGAAGCUCACCACAAGACCUAUGAUGACUCCUAUUCUGACUUCUCCCGCUUCAGGCCUCCAGUGCGUGAAGGCCCAGUAACACGCAGUGCCAGCAGAGCGGCGUCCCUUCACUCUCUGUCCGAUGCCUCCUCUGACUCAUUCAACCACUCCCCCGAGUCCGUGGACACCAAGAUGAACUUCAGCAACUUGUUAAUGAUGUACCAGGAUGGCGCCAGCAGUCCAGACUCCAGCGAGGAGGAUACUAAGCUCUCCAUGCUCCCCCAUCUGGCCGACCUGGUCUCCUACAGCAUCCAGAAGGUCAUUGGUUUUGCCAAGAUGAUUCCAGGCUUCAGAGAUCUGACAGCCGAGGACCAGAUCGCUCUGUUGAAGUCAAGUGCCAUUGAGAUCAUCAUGCUGCGAUCCAACCAGUCGUUCAAUCUGGAGGACAUGUCCUGGAGCUGCGGAGGACCCGACUUCAAAUACUGCGUCAAUGAUGUCACAAAGGCGGGCCACACUCUGGAGCUCUUAGAGCCGCUGGUGAAGUUCCAGGUCGGCUUGAAGAAACUCAACAUGCACGAAGAGGAACACGUGCUGCUCAUGGCCAUCUGCCUGCUCUCCCCAGAUCGUCCGGGUGUCCAGGACCAUGCCCGCGUCGAGCAGCUCCAAGACCGUCUGUCGGAGGCGCUGCAGGCCUACAUCCGCAUCAACCACUCGGGCGGACGCCUCCUCUACGCCAAGAUGAUCCAGAAACUGGCCGACCUGCGCAGCCUGAACGAGGAGCACUCCAAGCAGUACCGCUCGCUCUCCUUUCAGCCUGAGCACAGCAUGCAGCUAACCCCGCUGGUGCUGGAGGUGUUCGGCAGCGAGGUGUCAUAGCAGAGAAAGAGGCCCGCACCUACACCUGUACUCCCUCAUAACACACAGGAUGAUUAACCAACCCUUUCCACCGUUUCCCCCAAGAAAACCUGGCAUUGAUACAUCUCUGGACAUGUGGGAGAAAAGACGGAUAAUCAGACAGAUGGUAACAUUCACCUCUUCAUCUUUGGCCCAUUCUCCUCCUCUUCCUCCUGACCUCUAGGAGCAAUACUCAAACGCCUGGACCUCUGGCUUUUUGGAUUUAUGACACCUGAUGAGGCUGUGGAUCUCUGCAGACAGGCUUUGAAAACACAGUACAGCCUCACAUUUCAUCGCGUCAUGCGGCUGUUGUGAUGUCUGGAACAGAUUUGACAUCCAGAUCCUCUCAACAUCCACAAACUCCAGAUUUGCCUUCUCUCAUCACCACCUUUCUCCGGACAUCACUACUAGAUCUCUGCCAUGUUUUUACAGUGGAGACAGCUUGAUGGAUGUGACUGUCAUGUCCUUUUAUUUUACCAUCUUUAUAACAUCACUUCAGGUUCACAUCAACAGCUCCAUCAGUUACCCACGCUGGCACUUGUGAGGGACAAAUACAUUUCUAGCAGAGUGACUUCACUUCUGUUACUUAGUUAUAAACCAUCAUUGAUUUACAGUUUGUUGACAGCCAAUACAUCCAAAUAUAUUCAACAUCAACAUGAUGAGCGAUGGGCGAUCUUAAAAAAAUGUAAUUAGGGAUGCACUGAUCUGACUUUGCCACUCCUGGUACAGAUAUUGAUACCCGGGCCUUGGUUAGCGGCUGAUAAUGAGUAUCAAUCAAAUAUUUAAUUUAAUAAGUGAUCAAUCUAAUUAUUAGCGGAAGAACUUGUUAGUGUAGGAAGCAUUAAAUACCUCCAAACUGACCCUUUGAUUUUGCCUCCCUCCAUGCUAUGUUAGUUAGAAAAAUCUACUGUUCUAAUGGCGUGCUGCUGAUGCACGACGAAUUGAACAGAAUCUAUUGCUCCCAUAUAUUGGCCCUAUUGUCACCAAUUCCCGAUCCAGUUGGUCAAUAUCAGUGCAUCCCUUGGCGUAAUGGAUAUACUUUGUUCGCUGUUUGAAAAUAACUUUGUGAGGAUGAGAGUCCAGCAGGUGUCUUCUCCUGCCCAGCCCCGUGUCUGUGUGUAGGAGACAUCUCAGGUGGUGGAAGGAAGUCUUAAGUCGGAGGGUUUGGGUGAGAUUUGGAGGAUUGAGUGAAGGAGAUUGGAGCGAUGGAGGAUGGAGAUGCUACGGUUGAAAUUUCCUGCUCACCAGACUAAAGGGAAAUUAUCACAAAAAGAAUGUAUGUAUAAUGCUAUAUAAAUAUAAAUGAUACGUAUAAGCUUAUAUAUAUAUAUAUAUAUCUAUAUAAAUAUAUAUAUAGAUAUAUUUAUGAGAGCAAAACAAGUUUGCUUUCAUGAAGCUAAUUGUUCUGACUGUUGUAUAAUGUAGAGGAUUUGAAGGCCCCUCCUCAGUUGUGUGUGUGUGUGUGAGUGUGUGUUCUCUGUGGAAAGACAGAUGUACACACACACAAGAAAGCACUGAGAAGUGUGUGAGGAGACCUUCUAUUUUUGUGAUGCGUGUACAGUGUAUGAGAAUAUUGAUGGACCACAAGGGGGUGUGUACAGGCUCUGACUGGGGGUUCAGUGCAGGGAAGCACUUUUCUGUUGGAUUUUGCUCGUUAUUGGACCUGUGAAGUUGGUCGACCGACACAACGUCACGUUUCGUGGAUAGUGAUUAUCCCAAAAAAUAAGAAUUUAAAUAAAUCUUUGUCCGGCUGGUUAGAUUGCUGCUACGACAGUUGGAGCUAGAUAGUUACAACUAUCGGCUGUUGCCUCAGGGAAAAGUUUGUCUGAUGAUAUUGUGUAUGUGGUGUUUAGGCGUGUGUGUGGCGUAAGCUUACAAUCAUGAGACGGAGAUUGUUUUUGAAGCUCUAGGAUUCACUGUGAUUUCUAAUCAUACUAAAAAACAGCAUAAGUAAGCUAAAAGUUAAACUUUUUAAAACGAUUACCCUAAGAUUUUCAUUCCCUAGCUUAUGUUCAUUAAAAAUAUAGCUCCUUAUGAAAUGAUUUGCAUUAUCGUACAAUGCAUUAUAGAUCUUAAAAAGUACAUACCCAUUUAAUGGCUACUUUUAAAUAAUAGUCAUCGGUGUUAAAACAUUGCUUGAUUAAUAUGAACCUCGUGUGUAGUUUGGUUCUUUUCUUUCUUCAGGGCUAAUUCAAUAUUCUACAGAUGGUAGCAAUAUAGAGUAGGAGAACAAUGUUUAGUCAAGUGUUGUUAAAUGAAAAUCCUUUAGAUGGCCAUAAUAGCAGGACAGAAAUGUAAAGACAUGAGAAAGAUGCUUUUUGUAUUCACUAUAAAAACCAAGCCUCAUACUGUUUUGUCACAACCUAUCAUUUCAACACCAGCCGCAUAAGCAAGGGUUUUAGGAUGUUACUUUUCAACAUCACUACAUAUCAUAUCACCUUUUCUGUUGACACGGUGCAUGCUCUCCCCUCAUGCAGGCCUGGAUCGCCCCCUUGUGGACAAACCUUGUAAAUACCACUUGCUAAGUCUGUACAUAGUUAGAGAUUAAUGUAGGCAAAAUACUAAGAGAAUUCAAUUGUUUGACGGAAAGAUGCUCUGGAGAUACAGCACUAUAUGCAAUUAGGAGAAGGACUCUUAGGUUGUAUUUAAGUAGGACCUGCAGAGGUGGCAAUCCUGGUGACGUGGCUACGUUUUUUCAAGGAGCACUGAAGAAAACUGUCUUCAGAAUUAGAAUCAGGUUUGACCUUUUCACAGCAAAGUCACACAUUCAAAUAAGAUCAAUGUCAUUUCCAAAAAGAUGCAGAUUUUAGUCCAACUCUUUGGUUUGAUGCUUAAAUGAGCAUUAGUGCAAUGCUCGGACUCAGAAACCUAAAGAGUUCUACCUGCAAAGGCCCCAUGUGACCGAACAUUCCCAGCGGUGGUUGUGUUAUCCAUUCCAACUGGCUGAGUCUCAUGCAUGCUCCACACACACACAAACACACACAACAUUAGUGUGUUCAAUCUUAACGCUCCAGAACCUGACAACUCAGUCCGUCACCACAGGAAGUUUGCCCUCUCUGCCCGUUCCAAGAUUAUGGAUGUAUGUUCUAUUCUCUCUCUCUCUCUUCUAAAGUCAAUCGAUAAGCUUUUGACAAUUAUACAGUAUAUCCAUAAUGUUUUUAUUUUGGUGAAAAUCUCUUUUUUUUUCUUCUUCCUCUGUUUUCUUCUGUUCAAGAUUGUCGAUCAAUGUGUUUCAGAAUUUGCUUUCUAGCUUAUGCUUGGCUCGCUGCACUGGGACGUCAUUUAAAUGAAGCAGGAAUGAGCAAAGUGGACUCCUGGAGACUUUUCCAAGUGCAAAUGAACAAGCUCCCCUUGUUCCCGGGAUUUCAGCUGAGUGAAAACAUAAUAGCCAUUUUCAAAGUAACGACGUGGCUUUAACUUCAUGCACAGACAGGGAAGGGACACUGGCAAACAUUCUCUUUCUUUUUUCCUACUGGAAUAACUUGUCAGUGUGGCCACGUUUCACCUGGAUCCGUCACCUGAGGGGAGGGAACACGGCAGAGCUGAGUCUCUGUUAACGGAAAAGCAGUCCCAAGCUCUGUAUUUAAAAUGAGAAAAGAAAAAAGCUACAUCUGCUUUUCCAGAAGCACGGUGUCAAACACAAUCGAGUGAUUGUGAACUAACACUGCCUCAACUGACUGACACAGGAUCUAGCCAAUGGACACUAUCGCAGCAGCAUGGGUGUGCCUCUUCAUUCAUCACCCAACCAUCUAACCGCCUCUUCUUCUGCAAUAGCCAAUUACAGCAGGAUUACUUCAUAGCUUUAACUUGACAGCCAUUCAGGCUCUGCUUUUUCUGGGAAACCAUGGCGCGCCAAGGGCUGAUGGGAGUUUGUCGAGAAAGCUGCUUUGGGAAUCGGACGUUUUUGGAGACACGCAUGAAAUGGCUGCUUCUGUCCCUCCCAGAAAAAAAAAUGCGUGUUGACAUCCAGAAGAUCUGUGUAUAAAAUGUAUUUUCGCCACAUGCAGACGUAGUGACGCUGUGUACAGGCAGAGGGCGCAGGGACUGACGUCGCCUCCUAAAACCCCAAGUGUGACAUUACUUUUCUCACUACUUUGUGUGUUUCUCUCGCAUUGCAGCUUUUGAAAUUUUUACAAAAUAGUUGUUGAAUGACAUAAAAAAAAGUGGACUUUUUACAUAUAACAUCAGCACCUACAUCAUCUGUUUGAAAAAGGAAUGCAGGAUGGGGUGAUGGCGGGGAGAGUCUGCUCUGUUGCAAGGGUUCCAAGAGUGAAACCUCACCGAUCUAACUUUGCUAUGCUGCUUGUGAACACGUUGCUGAUUCUCCUCUGUGGGUCAUUUCUUAAAUUUUCGUCAUAUUAAGCUUGUUCAUGGAGAACGCUGCGUCUGCAUGACAUGUCUGGCUUUAGCGUUUGACACUAAACGUUAACACGAGGACAGUAGACAAUGUGAGGUGAUGUUAAAAUGGACCUGAGCAAUGUGGACGUCUCCCCCCCCCCUCUCACCCGUCCUCCCCGCAACCCAGGUCAGCAGCUCCACCUCAGUAGCCUUACUAACGGAAACCUCACUCAGCUGGAAACAUUGAACAGAUACCUCAGUAAUUUACAGAAUGACUUUUUACCAUAGCUUUUAAGGGAACCAAACAUAAACUCACAAACACAGACACACUACAACUCUCUUCUCAGUCUUUGCAGUGUUGACGUCUCUCUCUCAAACACACAUACAGUAAACCAGUUGCCAGUUGUUUUAUGAUGUACAAGAUUGUCCAGCAGAAUCCUAUAGCCAGUAGACCAUUCAGUUUAUAAGUUGGAUCCCAAUGUUUCUAAAUGUUAACGAUCACUCUCCAGUUUAUCUGCUUUACUCACGUGAUCCUCGUCUCUGCCUCAUUCUGUACUUUCAGUCUUUGUCGUCUCUACAAACGGGCGACGUGCCGCUAAGCUCUGCGUAUAACCAAACAUACUACCUCUCCCUCCUGCACAUACAUACAAGCAUAUGUUUAUUUUUUUUGUCGAAGCGUGACUUUCUUUUUUUUUUAUUCUUCUGAGGCAUCCGUUUGAAUUUUAACACUAAUUUAGACAGUAUUUUUGUGUAUAUGUACAGUUUAUUCCUUUUUUACAUAUUUUCUCUUUUCAAAUGCUGGAUCAUUUUUACCUCAGAUCUCACUACAAGCCUACAAAUCUUAAAGUCAGUUCAUCAGAGGCCUCUUGGGCAUCACCAUCCAACUGGAGUGGCAUAAAUACAUUUGAGAGUCUCUGCAUGGCUGUGUUCACAUAGCAGCUAAAAGGGCCCAGAUUCUUAAUUCAUGUGACACAAUUCAACCUCAAUAAAAACAAGGUGAUGCAUCCUUCAAUAGAGAAGUCAACUAGUCAUCAGUAUAUAAUCCUAUACUGUAAUAGUAUAGUCUAUAAAUUAGUUUUAUACACUCGAGUUUGUAGUGAGACAAUGACGUGAACAAGUCAGAGAGAAGAGCAGCUAAGGUUAAAUAUUUAAUAACGGGUUGGGUUGAGGAAGUCUUUGCCAAAUCAAGAUCACGCUGGGACCGAGAUGAAAGCUGUUAUGUGAAUGCAGCAUGAAACCUCAGUAGAUGUGACGAGAUGUGUGUCCAGACCAACGAUGCGCUGAAAGAAUUUGGAGGAAACGGGAGGCAGGCGGUCCUGCCUCAGUAAAGCAGAGCCUUCAAAAAUACUUUGAGGCUACUAUACUAACAUGUUAUGUCGCAGUAAAAUGCCACCUGAUUGGCAGAGGACUCGUUUUUUGUUGGUCUGAUGGGACUCCGCAGAGCCGCCGUUUGUUCUCUGGGUUUUUUCUGUUAAGACCAAAUCGAUGUCUCACAGUUCGACACCCUCCAUCAGGGGAGUCCGAACGCUCGGCUUGAUGACAAUUUGAGGCAUCGAUACAAACUGAUCUAAACUUAAUAAAGGGAGUGGUAGUUAAACUUAGUUAUAAUUGCUCUGUCCUAACAUCUGAAAAGUAAAAAGUACUGCGCCUGAUGUCCUUCAGCCGGUCUCGUCUCACAGGCUUCCUGUGCGUUUCUCUGUAGCUUUCUCCUUUUAAAGGUCCGAAAGGCUUUGUAACAUUGGGAUCCUGUUUUAGAUGUUCUUGAUACAAAUAGUGUGUAAUGUAGUUUUGUUCGGCUCAGCAGCCAGAUAACAGUCACACACCCACUCGCCCCCCCCGUUUCUCAGCACUCUGCCUUCUUCUAACCUCUCACUCAGCUUCCACAUCACCAGGCCUUCAACACAUAUGCUGUGAAUGACACACGGAGCCUUCAGCUAUCACUCUUUGUAUAAUGAUGAUAUCACCUCUCAGCUCACAGCAUGACGACGUCACGGCUCCUCUAAGGUUCAUUUAACACGAUCGGCUGCUGUUGACGGACAGAUAUGCAAAUAUCACAGAGUUCAUUCAGUGCGUAGAAAUAUUUCAUAGUGUAAUGAUAAAUGUUUUUUUGGAAUCAAGGUAGUCAUUGUCAAGAUAUGGCACGUCGUGAAAAAAUAUGUAAUAAUACGAUGUGACACCCAAUCUGCCAAUAUAGAAGAAAGAUUAUUUGUUGUUUAAUGUUGAUAAUGAAAUUAGCUCUAUCCAGAAAAAUGACAGACCUAAUGACUAACAGACUGAAAAUUGAAUCUUAGAUGGUUUGACAGAUUUUGGAGUGAUAGUGGCCUUAGUUAAAGUGCCCAUAUUAUAGCUUUUUUUUGUUUUGUAUAAAGUUAAAGAAAACCCCUUGGUAGUUACUUUGCAACUACGUCACCAUGUAACAUGUACAACUUGUUUGCGGUGGUGGUUCAGGUGUAUCACCCGAUCGCCACCGUUGCUGUAGCAACAGAGCUGAUUAGGAAGCAUCUGUGUAAGAGACGGAACAUUAAGCAGUUGACCAAUCACCAAAGAGUUGGUCCGCUGAGCUGUUUCAGACAGGGCUACAGCAGCCAAGGGUCUGAAACUAGUGCCGUGUAUUUUGCAUAUUACAGCAUGUAAAGAUAAUCUAGGAGACCCCAAAUACAAAUGAUGAACCUGAAUCUGUAAAUGACACAAUGUGGGCACUUUAAGAGCUUUGGCUCCUGCUGAUUGGUUGAACCGGAUGAGAGCAGGUGGAUAGAAAGUUUCUCUUCUGUCAGAGCAGAUGAACAGAUACUGUCGAGGAUACGCCGUCAUCUGUCGCUCUGGUUGCAUUUCUCUGCUACCUCUUUAAAUAUGCGCUUGCUCACACACGCAUGCACUUAAACAGCUGCACUCACACAUGAACACACACUUCUGCUGACUGACUGAAAAGGUCGGACAGUGAACACAGCACACACUCGCUGAUCAACCCACACGCGGCUCACACUUGUGUGCACUUCUUUCUCCCUCACCAGCAGUUAUUGCCAAUGAUGCACUUGUGUAUUUGUCUCUAAAUGCUCUGCAAAGCGUGUGAUGUCAAAAAUAAUGAUCUGUCGUCAUCUUUUUUUUUUUAACUCUGAUCUCUAUAGUAAGACCUGGACUAGCCAGGUGGUUAGAAAUGAAUUGAACAUUAAUUAGUUCAGUACAUACAGAAAGUUUCAUGUCUUAAAAAAACAAAAAAAAACAAAAAACAUAAAUGCACAUAUUGCUCAGCUCAGUUGUACCUUGGUGUGCCUAGAACCCACAGCCUUAUUUUGGGACAAUAUCAGGGGUUUUAAAGCAGAAUACAGGACGAUCCGCCCUCGUAUUACUGGUGACAGUUUCAUUGAGUUUUAGUAGCUGUUUUUUCCUCUCUUCAUAUCCACAUAUUUGUUAAUUUCUUAAAUUGUUGUAUCAGUUGUAGGAGUCGGCAUUAGUGUGCUCGUGGGAGGGGUUGUCUGUCUCAUUCUCUGCUGGUUGUUCUUUUAUUUAUUCCCAUUGAUUGUUUUCCCUUUUUUCCCCCAGAAAUAUAUAAACCCCAUCUGGUUUCUAAAAAUAUACUUGUUUUGAUUGCAUCGUGCUGAUGCAACAUUUUAAAAUGAAAGAUUUUGAUUAAUUAUAGAACAUCCAGCAGCAGACUGUGGCCUCCCACAGCACGGCCUACUCAUCACUAGGAGAACAAAAUUAGAAAUGCUUCAAAUCCGAGUUUAUCUCAGUAGAGUCCCAAGAUAAGAUACCUUUACCCUCACCCAUGCACACCACAUUGCAGUAAAACCCACCAGACCUCAGUGCUUCUAGCAGAAACUCGUCUUUUAAACAUAUACAGUUGCCAUGGCAUCGUUGUUGGUGGCAUCAUCAAUAGCCCCAUACCAUAAUAAAUAGUGUUAUACAUACAGUACCUUAACCGAUGUCUCUCUUUGUGGUUAAAAAUCACCGCCUGUUCUUUGUGUUGCUCUUUUUUUCUUUUUUUGCUCUUCUCUUUGAAGUUGAUCCAUUGUACUUUGAUUACAUGCAUUGUAUGUAGUAAAAUACUGAUGAUGUUUUGGGGAAAUCACAAAUAAAACAGCUGUACAUAAUGAUGCAAAACGCC